AUUUUAACUGAAAAUCUUUCUGAACACCACAUAAAUAGUGUAGUGCUUACUACUAAUAAUACAUAUUUUAAAGUUAUAUAUACAAAAGGCAUUUAAAAUGUUCUUUCCGUCGUUAUCUUUUAUCAAUCGAAAAUCGCUAAGGUUUUUUUUUGAGACAAAGCCUAAUGUCCGAUGAAGCACUUUUUAAAAAUACGCGGAUAACUGACAAUUUACUGCCCUGCAUGAAUGCAUUAAUUGAGCCUGGACCUGAAACAAGUAUUUUGUGAUGCUGUCAACAUUAUGCACUUCGCGACACAGUGCGACAAAGGCAAAAGAAGUAUUCAAUUCAAAAUAAGACUACUGAAAUACGACCCAAAGAAAAUUAAAAUGCUGUCUACGUGCCGUUCUAUUGGCAGCGGCGAAUUAAAAUACCAUUUUUUUAAAACAAAUUCUUCCAAACAAAACCUGACUUCCUCACAAAAUGAAAUCAUUAGCACACUUCAAUCCGCGUUUAACGUCCUUCAAGCACCAAUAAAGAGGCAAAACAGAUCUCGAAUUAUUUCCAAAAUGUCAUUCUUCAGCAUAAUAUUAUUUAUCAUAAUAACGGUUCACUUAGGGUCGACGAAUGCCGAUCAGGUUGUUUUGUUGGACACAACUAGAGAAGCGACAUUGGAGUGGACCAGGUAUCCGUAUGGUCCUCAAGCUCAAACACCUGGGUGGGUAGAAGAGUCAUUUACAGACUUUGUAAAAGGCAUUAACUGGAGAAGUUACGUUGUUUGUGAUGUGGCAUAUCACAAUGUCAACAACUGGCUGUGGUCGCCAUUUAUAGAUCGUGGGCCAGCAAACAGACUUUACAUUGAAAUUCAAUUUACAAUACGCGACUGUUCUUUAUUCCCAGGAAACGCGUUGUCCUGCAAGGAAACCUUUAGUUUACUUUUCUACGAGUUCGAUGCUGCCACCCGAGAGCCCCCUCCUUGGCAAACCGACAGUUACAGGCUUAUUGCUCGCAUCGCGGCUGGAGAGGGCCGCUUCAAUCAAAACUCUGAUGUAGAUAUAAACACCGAGGUAAAAAGCAUAGCCGUAAACAAAAAAGGCGUUUACUUUGCGUUUAGAGAUCAAGGCGCUUGUAUUAGUGUUCUGGCAGUAAAAGUCUAUUAUAUUACGUGUCCGGCUGUCACCGAGAAUUUGGCACAUUUCAACGAAACACCCACGGGAAGGGAAAUAACUAUUAUCGAGAAGCAAAAUGGAACUUGUGUCGAAAACGCAGAACCCUAUGAGGCACCAACGUACCUUUGCAAAGGUGACGGCAAAUGGACAAUUCUUACUGGGGGCUGUCGUUGCAAGGCUGGAUUUGAACCAAAUGAUUUGAAUAAAACAUGCACAGAAUGUCCGCUUGGAACAUUUAAAUCCCCUGAAGUAACAAAGUGUACGCAGUGUCCACUGAAUUCAAAUUCCUUAAAGACUGGAUCUCCAUUUUGCAAGUGUAUAUCAGGAUAUUAUAGGCAUCCGAAUGAUGGCCGACAUAUGCCUUGCUAUAGUCCACCAGCUGCACCUACAAAUGUUACGUUAUUGUUUGUCGACCAAACAAGUGCUAUUAUAUCCUGGAGCGCCCCAAUCAAAAAUGAAACACAUUCGAACAAAGCGCAGACAACAAAAUAUCACAGUAAUAUUGUGUACAAGAUUCGGUGCAACAUGUGCAGCCCAAACGUAAUGUACAACCCCUCAACAGACACAUUCAACGAAACAAAAAUAACACUAACAAAUCUGGAACCAGUAACGACUUACACUGUGCAGAUACACGCAACGAAUAGCGUGUCAUAUCUUACCGACUCAAGCCGGUACUCCAACGAAUCGUCACUGACAGCAAUCAAUGAUAUAACAUUUUCUAAUGCGUCGUUUUUCAACAUUCCGUUAGAUUUGAACGAAAUAAAGACCGGUUACGCCGACAUUGUUUUUACAACUGAGUCAGUUUUGCUCUCGACAGUAUUUAACUUACGUAUAUUGGCAAUAACCAGUAAGAAUGCUGAAUUAGAGUGGGACAAGCCCGUUCAAAGUGAUUCUCCACUUGAGUUUUAUGAAGUGCGUUGGUUUCCCAAGGCUGAAUUAGAAGCCAUUAAUAAAACAGCUUUAAAUACAAAGGAGACAAAGGCAUAUAUAGAAGGCCUGCUGGAAAACACCGAAUAUGGAUUUCAAGUUCGAUGUAAAACGAUAAAUGGCUUUGGUUCUUAUAGUAAUAUGAUUUAUGCACAAACUCUUCAACCCGUAGGCUCAGUUUACGAAGAUUCUGUGCAAAUUCGAUUUAUUGCUGGAGCCAUUGUGACAGGCGUCCUAUUUUUGGUCAUUUUCAUAAUAGCUACAGUAUAUUUCAUGAGAUCCAAGCAUCAGGAUGAACUUGAUAAAAAAUCUACAAAUCAUUUGCCUUUACCAUUGGACUACGCUAGCAACGAAGUUAAUUCUAUGGAUACUACUCCAAUUGUCAAAACCCUUCACUUAAACGCUUCUUAUUUUCCAUUAUCGGUUUUAGUGACGACGCCUCUGUUUGGCAAUAGUAGAAGCUACGUGGAUCCCCACACAUAUGAAGACCCUAAUCAAGCUAUAAGGGAAUUUGCUCGGGAAAUCGAUGCAAACUAUAUUACUAUAGAAGCUAUUAUCGGUGGUGGAGAAUUUGGCGACGUAUGCCGUGGCCGCUUAAAAAUACCUCCAAAUUUUGUGCAGGACAUUGAUGUAGCAAUAAAGACACUGAAGCCAGGAUCUUCGGAAAAAGCCCGCUGUGACUUCUUGACGGAGGCUUCGAUUAUGGGACAAUUCGAUCAUCCAAAUGUUAUUUAUCUACAGGGAGUAGUUACACGAUCAAAUCCAGUUAUGAUUAUUACUGAGUACAUGGAAAACGGCAGCUUGGACACAUUUCUCCGUGUGAAUGAUGGAAAGUUUCAAACCUUACAGCUUAUAGUAAUGCUUCGAGGUAUUGCAAGCGGGAUGGCUUACCUUAGUGAUAUGAAUUAUGUACACAGAGACUUAGCGGCACGUAAUGUUCUUGUUAAUGCCCAAUUAAUUUGUAAAAUCGCAGACUUUGGGUUGUCACGUGAAAUUGAGAACGCCAGUGAUGCAUACACAACACGGGGUGGUAAAAUCCCUGUACGUUGGACUGCGCCAGAAGCCAUUGCAUUUAGAAAAUUUACUUCGGCAUCUGAUGUUUGGUCCUAUGGAGUAGUUUUAUGGGAGGUCAUGUCUUACGGGGAGCGUCCAUAUUGGAACUGGUCAAAUCAGGAUGUGAUAAAGAGUAUUGAAAAGGGCUACCGCUUACCAGCUCCGAUGGACUGUCCAGAGGCCCUCUACCAGCUAAUGUUAGAUUGCUGGCAAAAGCAGCGUACUCAUCGCCCUACAUUUGCCAGCAUCGUUUCAACUCUAGACAACUUGGCCAGACAACCGCAGUCAUUGCUGACAACUCGAAACUCACCCGAAUCAGAAGGUACACAUAUUUUGGAUACACAGCGUGGUCAAAAUAUAUUCAUAAGUACCGACCUUUGGUUGGAGCACAUAAAAAUGUCAAGAUACUGUCAGCAUUUCAAAGAGGCUAAUUUAAUUAAUGCUCAACAGAUUUCUAGGCUAACAGCUCAACAAUUGUCGGAUAUGGGAAUUACUUUGGUGGGACAUCAGAAAAAGAUUUUACAUCAAGCCCGGCAACUGGACACUAUAAUCUAACCGUUCUAUUUCAACUUAGUAGUGUAAGAUGUACAUAUAAAUAAUAUAAUACAUAUUUAAAAUAAAAUAUAUAUAUAUAGUUAUAUAUAUAUAUAUAUUUAUAAAUACAUAAAUGACACUUGUGAGAUACAAAAACACAGGAACACAUAACAUAGUAUAAGGAUUUUAUAGAUUCUCUUAACGAGAACUUUAGUAUAUAUGAUAGAGAAAAGUAUUGUUUUUACGUCGCUUAUAAAAAUGAUUACUUUAUUUAUGUGUAACAAUUAUUUAUCAUACAGUUUUUAAAAAUAAUUAUAUAAGUAUAGCGUCGCUUUGAUUGCUUAGCUUUUUAAAUAUUUUUUGUUAUAAAAGUGGCAUUACAAAAUUAUUAAUUUUCAUUAGACUUUAAUCCAUGGCUUACUUUGCAUAAAAUAUUAAAACUUAAUAAAAGUACACUCGUGCAUACGAUAUGGUUUUUCAACCUAAAGAAUACAACCAUUAUAGCUGUAUCGUAUUUAAUUAAAA